CCGAGCGAGCGCGAAGAUACGCACGACACCAGAAGCCUCACGCCCAUCCAUUGCGCCUGCUCCCCGCACGACAUGGCCUUCAGACCGCUGUUACGGCAGCGCGCCGUCGUCCCUGCCAUGGCUGCCGCCCUCACCACCGGCGCAGUCUUCGCACCGCGAGUUGUCUACGCCGAGGAGCAGCCUGGCGAUGCGUUCAACCGCAAGCCUAUCUACGAUGACCUGCCCAUCGACACCACAGAGCCCACUGCUCCCGCCCUGACGCAGCCCUCCAAGGACCUCACAGCUGAAGCCUCCUACCGCCCAACACCCACCGACCGCCUCGCCCAGCAGAUUGGCGUCGCGCGCAUGGCCCUGUACAAGCAGGCCGUCCGCAGCGAGCAAGCCGUCGACAGUGCCCUGACCGAGACCCUGCGCCUUGAGCACUCCUUCACAAGCACCAUCCGCUCGCUCGCCCCGCCCAAGGAGUCCGGCGAGAAGGUCUUCCCCGGCGCCUUGUACGUCCUCGUCGCCUCCAUGGCCGGCUCUAUCGUCACACGCAACCGCAACGUUCUGCUGCGCGCCAGUGUACCGGCCGCUGUUGGCAUCACAGCUGCCUACACCGUUCUGCCCAUCACAAUGAACAACGUCGGCAACCUGGUCUGGUCGUACGAGGAGAGGUACCCGGUCGUUGCGGACGCCCACCUGAGGACAAAGGCAAGGAUCAGCCACUUCAUUGAGACAGGAAAGGCGCACGCGGGCAUGACAGUUGGUAUGGUGCAGGACAAGGUCCAUGAUGCUCGCGACAGCAUGGAGGGAUGGGUCAAGAAGGGAAGGUGA